UUGAUACAGACUCCAACACUAAACAAACCCCCUCGUGGUCUUACUGCCUGCGAAGAGGGGAGCAUUUCGGAAGAUGUGGGACAAUUUUCAAUUUCUUCCUCUUCAGGCUCUGCGGAGCAGAGCUCAGGGUUACCACUACUACCACCACCUCCCAUUCAGGCAGAAGAAUUUGGAACUUUAAGGGAGACUGCGGUUUUUGCCCCUCUGAGGGACACUACUCACCCAUUGCCAAGUGGAGAAACGUUUGAUGCACCAACAUUCCACUUUCACCCUAGUGUCACCACAAUGCAGUGUGAAACGUCGGCGUUAUGUGGCUAUCAUCAGCCACCAAUUCAACCCCCUCAACCGCCGCAGUAUUCUCCAUUAUUUUUUUCCGGAUACCCUCCUUACCUUCCCACCUCGCAAUCGUCUUCACAACACGAGGUACAAAUGUCCCCACAAAGGCCAGAUGUGCACCACCCUCCCCUCCAUGCGAUCGGCAAAACUGUCGGUACGGACAGGACGCAGCCAUUCGAGAGCUACAAAGGAGAUGAAGAGGAUGAAGAAGGGGAAGGGAAUGACGGAAGGACAACAGAGACCGGAAGAGGGAAUGGAAGCGUCGGUCGUCGAAAGAACGUCACUCGUGAGAGCACUUCCACACUUAAAACCUGGCUUCAGGGUCACAUGAAUAACCCCUACCCAACCAAGGGAGAGAAAAUCAUGUUGGCUAUUAUAACCAAAAUGACCAUCACCCAGGUCUCCACGUGGUUUGCAAACGCUCGGCGCCGACUUAAAAAAGAAAACAAAAUGACCUGGCUCACUUCCAACCGCCCCGAGAAUGAAAACAAACAAAACCCCUCCUCCCAACCAUCUUCUUCAAAUGUGGUAACAGGGAUGACGUCUGCAAAGCUAGAGCAAGAAGAGGAGGUGGGUGAAUCCGGUGAUGAAGGUUAUGGCUCCAAUCUCUUUGCUUUUCACUCAGCUGUCCAACCGUCUUGGAUUAGUUUGGACCCCCAUUGGCAGCAAAAUUACUGCAGCGGUGAAUAUGAUGAUGAAUUAUCAAAUUUCUUUUGGACUAUGUAUGCAAAGGAACCCUUUCACCCCCAGGUAUUAUCCUUGUGUGUAGCGACAAUGAAGCCGCCAGUCGGAAGUGAAACGUUGGAAACAGGAGACAGGAGAUCUGCGCAUUCCUACGAGGGAACGCAGCAGCAAAGUUCAUACACGUGGAAGGACAUUACUGCAGUGACGAAUAGCCCUUCAACUGCUUUUCCUCUCCCCUCGCAGUACACAUAUGAUGAAGUCUUCCACCCGCCUCAUCACCCAUUGACGAAGCAACUAGGCAUGGAAGGUCAGCCUUUGCCACUUCCCACCGCCCCUGGCUUGCUCGAAGAGGAAGUGAAAAGGAGAGACCCGAGAGUUUAA